CUGAUGCUGAGGGGGACCCGCACAGUGAUGGAGCGGCGAUUUCGUUGAAAAGGAUGCAGUAAACACCCUUGUCAGUUGACAAGGGAGCAGUUUUUCUCACUGCAUCACAGCCCUCUAACGGGCACUCUGUUCUCCAACUCAGUAAACUUCAGAAGAUGUAUGGCAGUGCGCGGGCUGUCGGCCACAUUGAGGGCAACCCUGCAUGCUCCCCACGGCUGCCUCGUUCCCCACGGUUGGGACACCGUCGGGCCAACAGCGGCAGUUCGGGUGGCAAAACCUUAUCUAUGGAGAACAUCCAGUCCCUCAAUGCUGCCUACGCAACAUCUGGUCCCAUGUACUUGAGCGACCAUGAAGGUGUUGGAUCCACAGCUACUUACCCUAAAGGUACCAUGACGCUCGGUCGGGCCACAAGUCGAGCGAUGUAUGGUGGCCGGGUCACCGCUAUGGGCAGCACCCCCAAUAUUGCCUCGGUGGGGCUUCACCAUGCCGACCUGUUGGCAUAUGGUGAUCUAGGCUCACUGUCUAUGCUCCACCACCAAGUAACGCCCUCUGCCCUUCUGCGGCAGGCAGUCAGAGGUGGAGGAGGAGAACUUUUGGAGUUCCAAGCGCAGCUACGAGACAUGCAGAGAGAAAACGAGCUUCUUCGGAGAGAACUAGACCUGAAGGACAGCAAGUUGGGCUCCUCCACCAACAGCAUUAAGAGCUUCUGGAGUCCAGAGCUAAAGAAGGAGCGAGUUAUGAGAAAGGAGGAGACAGCUCGGACCUCCAUCCUGAAAGAACAGAUGCGGGUGACCCACGAGGAGAAUCAGCACCUGUUGGACGACAGGAGAACAAAGCACCUCCAGUUGAACAUUCAGGCCCUGCAGGAUGAGUUGCGGACACAACGUGACCUAAACCAUCUCCUCCAGCAGGAGAGUGGCUCGCGGUCAAGCGGUGGCGAGCACUUCACCACCAUCGAGCUGACCGAAGAGAACUUCCGCAGGCUCCAAGCUGAACACGACCGGCAGGCCAAGGAGCUCUUUCUCCUAAGGAAGACUCUAGAGGAAAUGGAGCUGAGGAUCGAGACACAGAAGCAGACACUGGGAGCCAGAGACGAGUCCAUUAAGAAGCUGUUGGAGAUGCUACAAAGUAAAGGGCUGCCCCCAGCUUCAGGGAGAGCAUUGGAUGAGGAAGAACAUGAGCGAGCCAGACGUAUUGCUGAGGCUGAAGCUCAGCUCGGCCAUCUAGAGGUCAUAUUAGACCAGAAAGAGAAGGAGAACAUCCAUAUAAGAGAGGAGCUCCAUCGGCGAAACCAGCAUCACCCAGACCCAGGCAAAACUAAAGCGCUUCAAACUAUCAUAGAGAUGAAGGACAACAAAAUCGCUUCCCUGGAAGGUAGCAUUCGGGACCUGGAAGACGAGAUUCAGAUGUUGAAGGCAAAUGGAUUGCUGAACACAGAGGACCGCGAGGAGGAGAUCAAACAGAUGGAGGUCUACAAGAAUCACUCCAAGUUCAUGAAGUCCAAGAUUGACCAAAUAAAGCAGGAGCUCUCGAAAAAAGAGUCUGAGCUUUUGGCUCUGCAAACAAAGCUGGAAACUUUGAACAACCAGAAUUCAGACUGCAAACAGCAUAUCGAAGUGCUUAAAGAGUCACUUACUGCCAAAGAGCAACGUGCUGCCAUCCUACAAACAGAGGUGGAUGCUCUUAGACUGCGUCUGGAGGAGAAGGAGUCGUUCCUUAAUAAGAAGACGAAGCAACUGCAAGAUUUGACGGAGGAGAAAGGAACACUCGCUGGGGAGAUCAGAGAUAUAAAAGACAUGCUAGAAGUUAAGGAACGCAAGAUCAACGUCCUACAGAAGAAGAUUGAGAAUCUUCAAGAGCAGCUGAGGGAUAAAGAUAAACAGUUGGGUAAUCUGAAAGACAGGGUAAAAUCUCUCCAGACCGACUCUAGCAACACAGAUACUGCCCUCGCCACUCUGGAGGAAGCACUGUCCGAGAAGGAGCGAAUUAUCGAACGCCUGAAAGAACAGCGAGAAAGAGAAGACCGAGAGAGAGUUGAGGAGGUGGACUCGUAUAAAAAAGAAAAUAAAGACCUGAAAGAGAAGGUGAAUAAUUUACAGCUGGAGCUGACAGAGAAAGAGUCGAGUCUCAUAGAUUUAAAGGAACACGCCUCGUCGUUGGCCUCAUCCGGUCUCAAGAAAGACUCCAAACUCAAGUCCCUUGAGAUCGCAAUUGAGCAGAAGAAGGAGGAAUGUAAUAAACUCGAGACACAGUUACAAAAGCAAGCAGAGCAGCUGUUCAGUCAUAUGAACAAUCUUAAAGCCCAUGAGGUGGAGAUAAAGCAGAGCUCACGUGGGAACCCUGAGUUUGGGGACCGGGUCAAACUGUUGGAGAAGGAGGUGUCCUUCUACAAAGAAGAGUCCAGCAAAGCCCAGAAUGAGGUGGAGAGGUUACUGGAGAUACUGAGUGAGGUGGAGACUGAGAAAAAUGACAAGGAUAAGAAGAUCGCAGAACUGGAGAGCCCCCCUUACCCAUCUGUGUCCGCUGCCCGCCCCUCGCCCCGCCCUGGUGGCAGAGCCCCCUCUGACCCUCUCCCCUCUGUGUCCGCUGCCCCCCAACAGAUUGGGGGCAUGGUGUGGGACUUCCUGGGAAAGCAAAGCAAGGAUCAAAAUAAAAAGGGCCCAGGCAUCAAGCUUGGCCCACAGAUGGACAACCCAAAGAUGGAAGAGGUAAUGAAUGUUUUGGAGAAGACGAGACAGGAGCUGGAUGCUACCAAACAGCGUCUGUCUUCCACCCAGCAGUCUCUGACCGAGCGAGACAGCCAUUUGACCAACCUCAGACAGGAACGUAGAAAACAACUUGAGGAGAUCUUGGAGAUGAAACAACAGGCUCUGCUCGCUGCCAUUAGUGAAAAGGAUGCUAACAUCGCUCUGUUAGAGCUGUCAUCCUCCAACAAGAAGAAGACUCAAGAGGAAGUUUUGGCCCUGAAGAGAGAAAAGGAUAGACUGAUGCAUCAACUCAAACAACAGACGCAGAGCAGGAUGAAACUGAUUGCCGACAACUACGAGGAUGACCACUACCACCUUCAUGCUCCACCCCCCAUAUGCAACCCCUCCACCCCCAAACCCAACCCCAGAUCCCCUACCCACAAGGCCCACAACCUCACCAGCCCCCUUACCCACACGCACCACAUCCCCAACACUCUCAGCCUCCACCCCACCACCCACAACAACCCCCCCAGCCACAAUAUCCCCACCCGCAACACCCUCAACAGCCUGGUCAACACCCACACCUGCCCAGACCCCAACAGCCACACCCUCAACACCCUCAUACCGGGGUCCCUCCACAGCAGCAUCCACACCCCCAGCACCCCCACGGGCCCCCACCUCAGCAAGGCCCCCACCCUCAGCCCCUCCCACACCCGCAGCAGCACCCCCAUCACCCCCCACACCCCGGACCUCAGGGCCCACACCAACGACAACCUCCACCUCUACACCAUCGAGGUCCAGGCCGUGGGCCGCCCCAUCCCGGACACCGACCCACCCCAGACCAGGAUGAUGAAGAAGGAAUUUGGGCUUAAACAUUUCAAAACCAAAGCAAUGAUAUUGUUUUAUGGGACAAUUCAAUCACUAAUGGAGGAACAAAGCCAUGCCAUGCAAAUAAAAUUACACAUUGUCCACUUAGCCAGUCUUUAUCUAUAAUCAGUUUCAUUCUUUUGGAUGGGGCCCCACUAUAUCCAUGCAUUAAGGAAAGAGGCAGAGCAUUAGUGUGAGUGGGAGGAGCAAAGCUGGAGAUGACCACCUGAGCAGAUGAAUAAAAAACAAAAUAGACAGGAAGACUGGAUUAUAGAGCAGUGUCACUUCCUGGUGCAGUCCUUUUUCAAAAGACGUUUGCCUUGAAGACUCUCAUUGCUCAAUCAUCAUAAGAUGAGAGACAUGCUCAGCUGCAGCUGCUGUUAUCCUGGUUGUUACAUGCUACCAGUGCAUGCAUAUAGUGUCUGGCCCCUCCCCUUCAUAGUCUGGCCCCACCCACUCUAAUCUAGCCCCACCUCUUGAAAGAAGCAACAAAUCAAUCCACCUAAUUGACUGCACUCAUUCAAGCCUUGAUAACGCACAUCACAUACUAACCAGAUUUGCCCAUUUGUUCUUGCUUGAGCUCCACUCCAAACCCCAGGACUAGUCUGCAUUUAAGUUGUCAUGCACCUAUGUACCUCCAACAGGGACCAUUUCAAAUGGUGCUUUAACUGGUGUUCAGGCCCAAGAGAUGGAGACAGCCAUGGCUACAAUCUGCAGUUAAUUAGAUUUCUAGUAAUCUAUGGACAUCAACUGAUCAGGCUGUCUGUGCUUUUGUCUGUAACGCUGUAAUGCUCCAGGACAUCAUCGUGCAAGUUCUGUUCAAUUCUAUGGAAGUUAAUUGAGAUGUUUUUCCAACCUAUACCUGCAGGUUGUAGUUUUAUGUUCCACAGAUCACAGGUAGGUCUAGAAUGUCCCAGAGCUCACAAGAGUGAUUGGUUAGACUUGUUUGCAGGGCCAGUUCACACUGAGUGUCCCAUAAACGGGAUGGCUUUCCUCCUUUAACUUACCACCCCACCAGGUAUUGGCGAAGCUACCACCAGGAGCUAAAACGCCCAACCCAAACUUCUCAUAGUGUCACAACAUGGUGGCGAGUGCCUAUUUAUAUAUAGAUAGUAGAUAUAUACAUAGAGAAAUAAUAGCUAAAUAAAGUGUGUCUACUGUAGACAGACAAUUGUGUCAGAUAUCCAAGAGAACGGUUUCCAUUUUCUUAUGUGUGUUACCAUCAUCUGUUUGGCCCUCACAGUGCUCCUGUUAUAAGAUCUUGGCACUGGGGUCUAUGCAAAAUAUUAAACAAAUAACAAAAGGUCUUUUUGCAGGAACUAUGGUGGAAUUUACGGAAUCUUUAUCUAGAAAAAGCUUUAUGUUGCACCUUGCAAGAACAAAACAAAAUUAUAAAAAGCAAUGAGAUCUGUUUGAAAUGUCUACAACAUUAUGGACUGAAACCUGAAAUUGAGGGUAAGAAGCAUUAUCAACAUUGUUAAAGUGAAAAAUUUCAUUGAGAUGGCCAAUAUAUUGUUAAGAUAGCUUACGUUGUCUUAAAUGUGUCAUUUCACUGCUGUUGUCUGUAGUUGUAGAGUUCUCAUUUGGACUUUUGCAAAAUCGUUCAGAAUAUGGCCAAGAUCUGACUGUUAAUAUUGAACUGUUUGUGCUUCCAUGUUGCAUUUAAUGCUCUUGCUUUCCAAAUGCCUUUCAAACGACUUCUGUUGAGUCUCUUGUUUUUGAAUGUUCAGUGUCAGUCUUACAUUGCUUAUUCUCUGGAAAGUUCCUGUUGCAUCCUAGAACAUUUAGCUGGUGUGGUUCUACAACAAACAGUUGCUGAUCCAGAAUAUCUUUACUGUGUGAUUCCCUGUUCUGUCUCUUGGAUGUUUUGAGUCCUUUUUUGCUAAUGGCAAUUCAGUUUCAAACACAAUGAGUGUUUUAGCUGAAAUUCUAACUCUGUGUCCUAACUAGGCACUAUGCAAUGGGCGACAGGUGAUAAAACAGUUUUCGUCCUAGCCAGUCGUGACAAGCGAUGGGCAACGGGUGAUUUCUGUCAUGUCCCACUGGACAGACCAAUCCUAAAAUGAAAUCUCACUGGCCAAAACUUCUGAUUGGCUGUGAUUGUAUGUCAUGCAAUAUUUUCACUUUUAGGCCAGAAACAUAUGCAGAUGCAGGCACUUGGCCAAGGCAUUCUCAACGCAUGGUCUGGUUAAUGCUGAACAUGCGUUCUUGCAUUUCUGUGCAGUAACAAAUCUCAGUUCACAAGUGGUCAAGAGAGUUAUCUUCAAAAGUCUUUGCCAUUAAACUGGUUGUGUUAUUCGGGUAAGUUGCAAGAACUACUGUACAGUGACUUACUUGCUCAGCAAUAUUCUCUUCAAACUGUUGCUUCCCCAUGACAGUGGUUGUCUUGAAAGAGAAAACUCACCGUAGAAGCAAACAGUUCAAACAGUUCAAACUAAUGUCCGUCAUAGCGCCCCUUGCAGCAACAUUGAGUGUUCAGCGCCUACUAGCAUUGUUAAAAAUUGCAUUCGGACACAUUUUAGAACACAACAAUGCACAAAAUUGAGCUUGUGUAGCUAGAUGCGUCUGCGUUCAUGUACUUGCAUAGGCCUUUAAGGUGUAAGCUCAAUUUCGUUCAUUGUAUGUUUUUACUUGCGUAAAGUAGGUUUUGUUUUUGCGUGUCGACAGGCAAAUUGUUGCAUCGCUUCUGGUUAGGACUGUUUAAUGUUUUGUUGUCUGUCUGUUGUGCAAGUCUAUAAUUGUACUAUUAGACACAGCAAGAGGACAAAACACAUCAAACCUUACCUUCUUGGAGGUGUAUUGAGGUCCUUUUUUAACUAUUGAAUACUUGAAGUAGGGCUGAUCUCCUGCCUUGGUAAAAAAAAUAUGUUAUAUAGAAUAAAGCAAAAAGAGUGAUGAUGAUGCAUGAUUAUUUACAUUAUGUGCCAACACUGGGCUGUGGUGAAGACAGGUCUAAUAGAUCUAAAUGCGAAAUACUGAAGACUUAAAUAAUGAGAUAUACUGUAAUAAAAAAGAAAACAAGUUCCAGCCCUGUAGGGACUUUAAAACUCUGACUUAUGGGCCUCUGGUUUGAGCACAGGUCCAAAAUAAAGAGAACAAAAAGAUCUCUCUAUAUAUUUAUUUUUGUUGUGUGCCAGUUGCAUUGUUUAUUUUAUUCAUGAUGUCAAAAAAUACAAAUAAACCACUGUGACAAAUGCCAGAAAAAAAAGAGUAAUUCUAAGAAAAUAUUGUUUUUACUUUUUUUUUUUUUUUAGAUGUUUGUUACAUUGUUUUGUUUUUAUAUUAUUGUUCAUUCUUUUUUUUUUUUUUUUACAUGUCAGUUUGGGGCUGUAUUGUACAAUUAGUUUUUCAUUUUAUUUCUUGCACAGCAGUGAAAACUAGUCUGAUUUGAGCGUCAGCAUGCUGAAUGAUACAGUGUGAACGUUGGGUUCAUUUUCCAUGGUGCAUCAGUUGGCAUUAUGAUGGUGUAAUGUGUUUGAGAAUGGUGUAUCCUCACCCCCACCCACUGCCAGUGGAUUGCCCGUGCAUCAAAAUAAACGUGUUCGCAUGUAUUCAGGGUGCAGAUUUGAGAUGCUGAAUGAGUGUGGAAUAUUCUUGCAUGAUUGUGUCUUUGUAUGCAAUUGUAGGUUUGUAAAAGUGUGUGUGUGUGGGUGAGAGAGAGACAGCAGAAAAUAAGGUGCGAGAGGUGUUCAGUGUGAAAUCUGUGUCAUGUUUGAUGUAUUUAAACACUGUUGGGCUUACCUCCGAGUCCUCCUCAAACUCCCCUGAUGUUUGCUAGUGUAUGUGUUGUAACCCCAACUAUUCUUGAGUGUCAGUUGGCUUGUUUAUCCAUUAAAUAAAAAUUACUUUCUUUCUGAGAUAUACAUUUAUUUGGAUUAAUAAUAAUAAACAAGUUUAUUAGUUGAUGUCUAAAGUGUUACACUGUGUCCUGAUAAAGAAUACACAUUGGAUUGGUAUAUUAUUGUUACAUGGUAUUUGUUAGUACUAGGGCUGUCAAUUUAACGCGUUAAAUUGACAGCAUUAUAUUGAAAAUACCGCUUUAUAAACAUAAUUAAUCAUGCCUUAAGACUGUAAUAAAGAAUCUUCCUUCCAUCACAGCAAUUCAAUCUUAAAGUAGCCUAAGCACAACUCAAGCUGUACAAACAACAAACCAUUCUGACAGCAGACAGAUGAUGAGGAUUCGUUCAAAUACAACUGCAGGGAGUGCAACUCUGAUAUACAUAUAUAUUUGUGUGUAUGUAUGUAUGUGUGUGUAUAUGUAUGUAUAUAUAUAUAUAUACAUAUACAUGUAUACACAUACAUACAUACACACACACAUACACAGUAUCUCACAAAAGUGAGUACACCCC